AUGGCGCCCAUGCAGUCGUUUGUGCCUCACUCCGACACGCCCUCGCAGGCCGACACGCCGAUGACAGAUGCCAAUGAAGAGCCCGUCACGUCUGUGCCGGUAGACGCACCCAUGUCGGGAUAUCAUGACACUCCUGAUUACACUGACUCCGACACGAAUCCCAAUACGACCGCAAGCAGUGUUGCAGGCGACAUAGCUCCCGUCGAUGGACGCAGGCGGAGAUCUGAAGCUUUUCAGCUGAGGAAAAGUAUUCUGGGCAAAAAACAUGGCCGUCUCGACGAAUCCAAGGAGGAUGACUCCAUCCGCCGGUUCCGCUACCUGCUUGGGUUGACUGAUCUCUUCCGUCAUUUCAUUGAAACGAACCCGAAUCCCAGGAUCAAGGAGAUCAUGGCCGAGAUCGAUCGGCAAAACGCCGAGGAGGCCAAGGUGAAGAAAGGCACCUCACGUACUGGCGGCGCCAGCGGCGAUCGGCGGCGCAGGACGGAACAGGAAGAGGAUGCUGAGUUGCUUCGAGACGAGCGUCACGGCGGCGAAACAAACACGGUCUUCAGAGAAUCGCCUUCGUACAUCCAAGGAGAGAUGCGUGACUACCAGGUUGCAGGCUUAAACUGGCUGGUCUCGCUCCACGAAAAUGGUAUCUCUGGUAUUCUUGCAGAUGAAAUGGGCCUGGGCAAGACUCUACAGACCAUUUCGUUUCUCGGGUACCUACGCCACCUAUGUGAUAUCACUGGACCCCACCUUGUCGCGGUUCCCAAGUCUACGCUCGACAAUUGGAAGCGCGAAUUCCAGAAAUGGACACCCGAAGUGAACGUGCUCGUCCUCCAGGGCGACAAAGAGGAGCGCAAUCGGUUGAUCAAUGAGAGACUACUCUCGGAAGAUUUCGAUGUCUGCAUCACCAGCUACGAAAUGAUCCUGCGUGAAAAGUCCCAUCUGAAGAAGUUCGCCUGGGAAUAUAUCGUCAUCGACGAAGCCCAUCGGAUCAAGAACGAGGAGUCGUCUCUGGCCCAGAUCAUCCGCUUGUUCCACUCUCGUAACCGCUUGCUCAUCACUGGCACCCCCCUCCAGAACAACCUGCAUGAGCUCUGGGCACUCUUGAACUUCCUGCUCCCCGACGUCUUUGGUGAUUCAGAGGCCUUCGACCAAUGGUUCUCCGGCCAGGAUGCCGAUCAGGAUACGGUCGUCCAACAGCUGCAUCGCGUCCUGCGGCCGUUCCUCCUCCGUCGUGUGAAGAGCGAUGUGGAGAAGAGUCUGCUGCCAAAGAAGGAAAUCAACCUGUAUGUUCCCCUGUCCGAGAUGCAGGUCAAGUGGUACCAGAGGAUUCUCGAGAAAGAUAUCGAUGCCGUCAACGGAGCUGCCGGAAAGCGCGAGUCCAAGACCCGUCUUCUCAACAUUGUCAUGCAGCUUCGAAAGUGCUGCAACCACCCUUAUCUUUUCGAAGGAGCCGAACCGGGCCCUCCAUAUACCACCGAUGAACAUCUUAUCUUCAACGCCGGCAAGAUGGCCAUCCUGGACAAGCUCCUGACCCGUAUGAAGAGACAGGGCAGCCGGGUGUUGAUUUUCUCCCAAAUGAGCCGUGUGCUUGACAUCCUUGAGGAUUACUGUGUCUUCCGUGAAUACAAGUAUUGCCGCAUUGACGGUACCACGGCUCACGAAGACCGUAUCGCUUCUAUCGAUGAAUACAACAAGCCAGGCUCAGAAAAGUUCAUCUUCCUGCUUACCACCCGAGCAGGAGGUCUGGGUAUCAACUUGACCUCCGCCGAUAUCGUUGUCCUAUACGACAGCGAUUGGAAUCCUCAGGCCGAUCUUCAGGCGAUGGACCGCGCGCAUCGGAUUGGCCAGACCAAACAGGUUGUGGUGUUCCGGUUUGUGACGGAGAAUGCAAUCGAGGAGAAGGUGCUGGAACGUGCCGCGCAGAAACUUCGAUUGGACCAGCUUGUCAUUCAGCAGGGACGCGCUCAGCAGCAGAAUAAGAACGCCGCAUCCAAGGAUGAAUUGCUCGGCAUGAUUCAACACGGUGCCGCCAACGUCUUCAAUACCAAAGCCACGCCUAGCGGCCUGGCAGCUGGGAGCGAAUUCACCGAGGACGACUUUGAUGCGAUCAUGCGUAAGGGCGAGGAGCGUACUUCGGAACUCAACAAGAAGUAUGAGAGCUUAGGCAUUGACGAUCUCCAAAAGUUCAGCUCUGAAAAUGCCUACGAGUGGAACGGUCAGGAUUUCACCGACCGCAAGAAGGAUAUCGGGAUGACCUGGAUCAACCCGGCCAAACGUGAGCGCAAGGAACAGUUCUACUCCAUCGACAAAUAUUACCGCCAAGCGCUGGCUACCGGUGGUAGGACCGCAGAGGCGAAGCCCAAAGUUCCCCGGGCACCGAAGCAGAUCGCCAUUCAUGACUGGCAGUUCUUCCCGCCUGGUCUCCAGGAACUACAGGAGAAGGAAACCGCCUAUUUCCACAAGGAGAUCGGCUACAAGGCACAGCUUCCCGAUGGGCCCGAGGAAGAGCUCAGCGAGCGUGAGGCGGAAAGGGACCUGGAGCAGCAAGAGAUUGACAAUGCUGUUCCCCUCACUGAACAAGAGCAGGCAGAGAAGGCCAAGAUGUCGGAGGAAGGUUUCUCAACUUGGAACCGCCGAGAUUUCCAGCAGUUCAUCAACGGCUCGGCCAAGUUCGGACGCACCGACUACGCCGGUAUCGCCACCGAGGUCGACAGCAAGGACCCCGAGGAGGUUGAAGAAUAUGCCGAGGUCUUCUGGAAACGCUACACGGAGAUCCAGGACUACCCCAAGUACAUUCGCGUGGUCGAACAGGGAGAGGAGAAGGUCCGCAAGAUGAGCCACCAGCGCAAGAUGCUUCGCAAGAAGAUGGGAAUGUACCGUGUCCCUCUGCAGCAGCUCAAGAUCAACUACACCGUCUCCACAACGAACAAGAAAGUGUACACGGAGGAAGAGGACCGGUUUCUGCUUGUGAUGCUUGACAAGUAUGGCGUCGAUGGGGAGGGCCUCUAUGAGAAGAUCCGCGACGAGAUCCGAGAAUCGCCGCUUUUCCGCUUCGACUGGUUCUUCCUCAGCCGGACGCCCGUGGAGAUUGGACGUCGCUGCACCACCCUGCUCAACACUGUGGCGAAGGAAUUCGAGACCGAUGGGAAGCCAAACGGUGAAGCUGGCAAGGGACGUGGUCGGGACCGUGACGAGGAAGACGCCGAGAACGAAGAAGUCGGCGCUCCCGCAAAGAAGAAGAGCAAGAAUGGGACCGUGGCAAGUGUUAGUUGUUCAAUUAUCCCGUCCAAAAGAGAAGGAAGAAAGAAAAAGGCCCACUAA